ACAGUCCUGGGGCUUUUUCCCUUGGGCAGCUCUGCCUGCAUCCUCCUGGUUUUGAGCAAGACCUGAUGUAAUAAAACGCAUCUCACUCUGCUUGCAGAGGAAGCAGAGCUGCUCGGGCAGCAGCAGCUAAUCCAGCAAUAAAUGCAGUUGUUUGGAGACCAAGUAUCCCUGAACAUGAGUAUUUUGGAGGGAAUGAGUUUGUCCUGGUGCUGUAGCUGUGUGUCGCGGUGGGGUGGAAAUCUGGGGACAGCAGCCCCCUGCGUUGGCACCUUUCUCCCUGUUUGUCUCAGCUGCAUGCUUCAUUAGCACAGCAGCCUCCUUGUGUGCUGCUGACGGAAGGGAAACAUUUUCACACAAUGGCUGGCACGGCCGCCUGAAAACUGGCGUCAGCCUCAGCACCCUGACCCGCUCACGAGGCGGCUGCGCCCCCAGCACCGCCAGGACCAGCGCCAGUGGUGGCUGCUUCCAUGCCACAGAGCUGUGCCAUGAGCUGAGCUGUGGGGCUCUUGGUGGCCGGGUUCCCUCUCCCUGCAGUGGGCAGAGGGGAUGGGGGUCCCUGUGCUGAUUCAAGGGGUGGGAUGCGAGCCCUGGGUGACACGCUGGCUCUGCAGAUGUGGCCCCGACUGACGUAGGCCCCAAGUUACUUGGGCCAAGGAUGAGCAAGCCGACAGACCUGCAGCACGACCUGGAACGGAGCCUCCCAGCCAUUGCGUCCAUCAGCACCUCGCUUUCCCAGAGCCAGGGCUUCUCCCCGUACUGCUACUUCUCUCCAGAGAAGAGGAAGGCCAUCUCGGACGUGAGGAGGACUUUCUGCCUCUUCGUCACCUUCGAUCUGCUCUUCAUCUCUUUGUUGUGGAUAAUCGAAUUGAAUACCAAGGAUGGCAUUCAGAAGAACUUGAAGAACGAAAUCAUCAAGUACAAUUUUAAGACCUCUUUCUUUGACAUAUUUGUCUUGGCUUUCUUCCGAUUUUUUGUCUUGCUGCUGGCCUAUGCGAUUGUAAGGCUGCGCCACUGGUGGGUCAUAGCGGUCACUACGCUGAUAUCCAGUGCCUUCCUGAUUGUGAAGGUCAUUCUCUCCGAGCUUCUCACCAAAGGGGCGUUCGGCUACUUACUUCCUAUCGUCUCGUUUGUCAUUGCUUGGUUAGAGACUUGGUUCCUGGAUUUUAAAGUCCUCACUCAGGAAGCAGAAGAGGAACGAUGGUACCUGGCAGCCCAGGCUGCAGCUGCCCGUGGGCCCCUGCUGUACCCAGGAGCCUUUUCCGAUGGGCAGUUCUAUUCCCCGCCGGAGUCCUUUGCAGGGUCGGACAACGAGUCGGACGAGGAAGGUCCGGGAAGGAAGGCGUUGACAGCUCAGGAGAAAGAAUACGUCCGACAAGGCAAAGAAGCCAUGGAAGUUGUGGACCAAAUCCUCGCCCAGGAGGAGAACUGGAAGUUUGAGAAAAACAAUGACUUCGGUGAUGUUGUUUACACUUUUGAAAUACCUUUCCAUGGCAAGACCUUUAUUUUAAAGGCUUUCCUGCAGUGCUCUGCUGAAACAGUUUACCAGGAGGUUAUUCUCCAGCCCGAGAAGAUGAUCCUGUGGAACAGAACAGUGGCAGCUUGCCAGAUCUUGCAGCGGGUUGAAGACAACACGAUCGUUUCGUACGACGUAGCAGCUGGGGCCGCGGGCGGUGUCGUUUCCCCCAGGGAUUUUGUGAACGUGCGGCGGAUCGAGAGAAGAAGAGACAGGUACAUUUCCUCAGGGAUGUCGACCACGCACAGCCUGAAGCCUCCGCUCUCCAAGUAUGUCAGGGGUGAGAACGGACCUGGAGGGUUCAUCGUGCUGAAGUGCCCCAGCAACCCCCGGGUCUGCACUUUCAUCUGGAUUCUCAACACGGACCUGAAGGGUCGCCUGCCCCGGUACCUCAUCCACCAGAGCCUGGCAGCCACCAUGUUCGAGUUUGCCUUCCACCUCCGGCAGCGGGUCGGCGAGCUCUGCAGCAAGCCCUGAGCAUCGUGCUCUGUCCCUGCUGGACUGGCUGCGGGCAGGCAGGGGGGGCUGCUCCUCUCCUUCCCCGCCGAACCAGAGCCCUGGAGCCGCCGUGCAGUGUGUGCCAAACCCCUGUCCUGUUCUGCCCUGCCCUGGGGCCGGGAUCUGCCCUGUGCUGGGUCUGGCCUCACCUCCUCCCCCCCACCUUGGGCACAGGGGCUCGUGUGCAGCCCCAGGCUGCUGUGCUGGGAGUGAGGGACUCAGAGGAGAAAGCCCCUGUGGGGGUGAGCACACAGGUCUGUCCCCUGUCCUGUGCCACUCAUACGUGGGGACCAAGCACAGCUGUGUGGCUCAAGGGCACCUUCCUCUGGAUGGGGGGGGCUGCUCUGGGGAUCCUCGGCAUGCCCCCCCAGUGCCUGCCCCCCUACCCCCCCGUGGGCUCCUCCUGAGCGCGUUUAGCCCCCCCAGCAUGCAGCCCUGCAGGGAGUGGGCUCAGAGCCUUCCACCUUCCCGAGGGGCUGUGGGGGCGAGCACAGCUUCGUGCUACCUGCACUGCUGCCGCGUUCUGCUCCGUCACGGGAAGCAGCGUGGAGCUGCCCACGCGUGGGUGCACACAGCGGCAGCACGGGGGUGGGGGGAGCACCCACAGACCCCCCAGGGGCCGGGCCCAGGGUCUGUGCCCCUGUGUCAGUGCUCAUCCUGGGGUCCUGGUGCCCCUGUCGGUACCGGGAGACGCCUCCCACUGGCAUCUGUCAAAAUAAAGAGCCUUGCACUAUUUGCAG